GCAGCAGCACGGCAUCGACACAUUUAACCUGACAUGUAGCACCAGCCGCGAUAUCCCCCACCGCCCAUUGACCUUCUCUCUUGUCUGCUGUUUCACCACCAACACCAGCAUCACCACCAGCUUCAACAUCAACAUCACCUUCAGCGCUAGCAUUGCCGUUUGUUUAGCCCUUGCCAGAUACCAAUUGAAUUGAAUUGAAUUCUUGUUUCAACUACUUUAUAUACACAUCACCAACACAACAACAACACAAAACCAUGGAGGCCAUCGAUCCAGCAACCGGCCAGCCCCUCCCCAACGACGCCAUCCAGCGCGUCCUCUUCGUCGCAAACACCGUCCACGUCUACAACAUCCCGCCCCUGACCUCCAUGCGCGGCCACGCCGCCGCCUCCUGGACCGAAGACCCCGCCCGCCACAUCUUCACCGCGCGCCUCCGCGUCGUCGAGACGUCCUACGAGAGCCCCGACGCUGCUUCUAGCAUCAAGAUCGACCUCGUCCUCGAGGACCCUUCCACCGGCGCGCUCUUCGCCGCCUCGCCCUACAACGACCGCGGCGCCGUCGAGCCCGUCGUCGACAGCAGCCGCUUCUUCGCCGUCACCGUCAAGGAUCCCCAGGGACGUAAGGCCGUGCUGGGGAUUGGCUUUGAGGAGAGGUCCGACGCUUUCGAUUUGGCGGUGUCGCUGCAGGAGGCUAGGCGGAGCCUUGGGUGGGAGACGGAGCAGAGCCAGAACCCGGCGGAUGCAAAGGCCAAGACGGAGACAAAGGACUACAGCUUGAAGGAGGGCGAGACCAUCACAGUAAACCUCGGCGGCACCAAGUUCGGCCGACGACGACCCCAGCACGCAGACGAAGAAGCCUCUUCUACAUCUUCGAGCUCGGCUGAUUUGCAAUCAUUCGCGCUGCCGCCUCCUCCCGCCGGUGCAGCUUCAUUUUCUCUCCCGCCGCCGCCCAAAACCUCCGACGUCAAAGAAAAGAGAAAGUCGCUAAAGAACUUGGGAUUCGACGACGGUCAGUUUGGAGAAUUUGCGUAGAAAGAGAAGGAAUAAAAUUAAAAAGUGAACAUAAGUGCAGUGCAUGACUAUAACAUAGACAAUCCUCCCAGCAAUAAUUGUUAAUAUCAUCCGGUCAAUUCGUUUGUACAUGUACAUUCACAUUCGCCAUGAUGUCCUCCGAUCCUUAUCCCAUGAUAGAUGCAUUCCCAGACAACCAAGCAGACACAAAAC